AGAUUUAGAAUCAUAGAUCACGUACGCACACUGACACGCAACGGCAUGGUGGAGAUCGAUCGAUCGAUCGAAUCCUCAUGGAUAUGCUCCGCUCCAUGUUGGAUCGAGUCAAGCCGAGCAGCCAGCCAGAUGCUCAAUCCGCUGAUUAGUAAACCCCCAUCACUGUACCAGUGGCAGGGUUCCACAUCAUUAGCCACUUCUUUAGCGGAUUGAUUAUCUAUUUUCUGGGGUUAGAGGGGGAAGUAAGCGGGGUAUAUCAGCCGCAUAUGCUCUUUGCAACCUCGCGUUGACUCCAUGCCAUCCAUGGAUCCCAGCAUAUUCUUCGCCUCCGGCUGAUUUUCUAUUGCCCCAUCCUCAGAAAAAUGGUUUCUUUGCCUCAUCGGAGCCACCACUAGGUGCUCAGCCGAUUUUCUUACUACUUCCGUCCGUUUCGCCGACCCUGCUCCGGCGCAAGCGACACACACCUGCGGCGUUGAGGGUUCGAUUGGUUGGUGGUCUCGGCUUGACCGCAGCCGCAGCUAUAAGGAAGGGGGCGCCGGAGAGAGGAGAGGAGGCGGAUCCAUCGGUCGUGCGGUCGGCUAUGGAGAUCCUGAGCCCGUCGCCGCCGCCCAGCCCGGCCAGGAACCAGUUCGUAUACGGCGGCGCCGGCGCGCUCCUGCGCCGCGACCAGGCCGGCGCCGGCGCGCUGCUCCACGUCGCCGUCGGGAGGUCGCCGGAGAAGACGCUGCCGCUGCUGCGCUGGGCGUUCCGACGGUUCGGCUGCGCGCGCGUCGCCCUCGUCCACGUCCACCAGCCCUCCCCGGUCAUCCCCACCCUCCUGGGAAAGAUUCCGGCGGCUCAGGCGACGGAGGAGCUGGUCCUGUCGCACCGCAGGUCCGAGAGGGACGAGAGGAACAGGAUCCUCCUCGCCUACCUCGCCUUCUGUCAAAGGGCGCAGGUGCAGGCAACUGUUCUUGUAACAGAGAACGAACAGAUCAACGACGGCAUCGUCGCUUUGGUCAGGGAUCAUGGGGUCACAAAGCUUGUCAUGGGUUCUAUACCGGACAAUUGCUUCAAGUUAAAGGCAGGCCACAACAAGGAAUAUUUUAUGGCAAAGAAUGCUCCAGCAUUUUGUGAAAUUUGGUUUGUAUGGAGAGGAAGACACAUCUGGACCAGAGAAGCAAGCGCAGCGAUUGGCAACAGCAUCUCAAUCUACAACCAUGAUGAUAUUAUGAUGACCAGGAAGAGGACUAGGUUCAGCCCAAAUAGCAACAGCGCUGAACCCGUGCUUGCAGAAGGCACUGUAUCAGAUUAUGGAGCUUUUGGAGCUGAUGCCAACCAUUUCUACAAUAUGAGACUAUCAAAUUUACAGGAUGCAGAAUCUGCAUUCAACUCAACCCUCUGGCCUGAUUCCUCCGUACAUGGGGGAGCAUUGCAGUUACAUUCUAAGGAAAUGUUGGAUGCAAAUCUCAAGCAAGUCAUGGUUGAAGCUGAGGGAUCAAGGAAGGAAGCUUUUCUUGAGCUUCGCAAGCGCAAAGAAAUAGAGUCAAAAGUGGCCGGUGCUUUUGUCAGGGUAAAAGCUUCUGAGUCUUCUAAAAAACGAGAAAUGAAAAUAAGGGAGGAACUUGAAGGUUUAUUCGUAGCCACGAGAAAGCAGCAUGAAGAUCUGGCAAGAAGUAAAGAAAAAGCUACGGCUGUGUUGGACUCUUCUAUGAGAAGAUUAGACAUCCUAGAUGCUCGUGCUAAAAACAUGAGCCUUCGGAUGGAUGAGGCUGUGGCGGAGCUCGAGGUGAUUCAAUCUUCCAUAAAUAUUCUCAAGCAGGAAAGAACAAAGGCUCAUAAGAAUGAAGAUAGACAUACGAACCAUGUCAAAGAAGGGUGCACAUACAGCCAUUCCAAGUUGCCAAACUGCAGUUCAAUUGCUCUUGGUGAUGAUCCAUACACCUUUAGACAAUUGACACUGUUAGAUGUGCAAGCUGCAACAUGUAAAUUCUCAGAGAGCUUCAAAUUACGUCCAAGAGGUCAUGGGUGCAUUUACAAAGGAAAAAUUAUGAACAGGAGUGUGAUGAUUCAUAGGUUGCACUCAGAUAGCAUUAAGAGCUCGAUGCAAUUCCAGCGGAAGGUGUACAUCCUAAACAAAGUGAGGCACCCUCAUCUAGUGACAUUGGUUGGGGUAUGCCCAGAGGCACUCUGUCUUGCCUAUGAGUAUCCGAAAAAUGGGAGCCUUCAUGACCAUCUCUUCGGCGAACUCAACAGUGCCCCGCCGUUGCCAUGGAAAAUCCGUGCACGCAUUGUGGCGGAGAUCUCGAGUGCUCUGCUGUUCCUGCAUUCAUGUAAACCACAGAUGAUGGUUCAUGGUGGCCUGAAUCUCGAGAACAUCCUUCUAGAUUCCGACUCCCACUGCAAGAUAGCCGAUUUUGGUACAUUGACAGCGGAAGACUCGAAGGAUCACCCAGCAUUGGAUUCUGGACUGCUGGCACACAAGUCUGAUAUCAACUCCUUCGGUACCGUGAUACUGCAGCUACUAACUGGUAAACAGCCUGGUAGUCCAGGCCUUGCCAGCGAAGUAAGGCGCGCUCUGUCCUGUGGAAAGCUGUCGUCGAUCUUGGAUCCAACGGCCGGGGAGUGGCCAAUGGAGGCGGCCCGGCGGCUAGCGGAGUUUGGGCUCGAGUGCAGCGGAGACAGACCGGAGCUGACUCCGGACACGGUACGAGAACUGGAGCAGCUGCAUCUGAUCAGGGGGCGGCCAGUACCGUCCUUCUUCCUGUGCCCGAUUCUCAAGGAAAUCAUGGAUGAUCCUCAGGUGGCCGUGGACGGGGUGACGUACGAGGGACGCGCCAUCCGCGAGUGGAUCGAGGAUGGCCGGGCCGUGGCCGACCUGAAGCUGAAGCACCUCGGCCUCACCCCCAACCACGCCCUCCGGUUCGCCAUUCAGGACUGGCUCUCUCAGCCUCAGUGGUGAAUGAUGAUGAUGAUGAUGAUGGCGAUUCUCGAGCUGCUGUCUUCAGCUUGCAACUAGCUAGUAGAUAUGUAGAGCCCUCCUGUGUACAUACAUGCUUCUGCCACUUCUGUACAGCAGUGUGCUGCUGGCUUAGUGUAGGUCAGUGCAGUGAAUGGAAUUUUUGUUUUUGUUCAGUUCUUUUUUUGGUGCACGAAUCAUUAUUUUUCUCUGUUCAUUGGUGGCAUUUUUGUGUCGUCUGAAUAUUAUGAAUAUUAUUUUGUUUUGAUUUUUUGGAUGCAACA